AUGGCGUCAACCUCUUCGCUCGAAGUUGCUCGAGCGACACACGAGGAGAUCGACAGGUAUGAGUCCGCGCUGGUGGAUCUGCUUCUGGUCCCCGCUUCAACACACAAAGAAGCGCUGACAAGGUCUCACAAAGCUAGCGAGGUGCUCGAUAGGAUCGUGGAGCGCGCGCACAAUCUGUCCGAGUUUUACAAUGGGAACGGAUCAGCGAAGCGGGGGAGAGAAGAGGAGUUGAAAGAUGUGCUGGAGGGACACCCAGACGAUGAGGAAGGCGACGAGGCAGAUGAUAAGCCCAUGGAUCCUACCUUGAGAAACUUUUACUCGAGGUUGAAGAAAGUCAGAGAGUACCACGAAAGGUAUCCUGGUGCACUACCCGACGCCUUCUCUUUGGACCUGUCAAGCCUGACUGGCGUGAGCAGGGAAGAGGAAGCAGCGGGAGGCGUCGCUGCUGGACCAGAUUUCUUGGACCGAAUGUUCAGCGGCGAAGAGGCGUUGGGCCGAUAUCUAGACUUGUAUACACAUCACGAGGCUUUCGUCAAUCUCAAAGGCGUGAAGAGAUUACCUUAUGUCAAGUACCUGGGAGAAUUUGAAAAGCUCGCAGGAGUCGAGUCCAGGGUGCCAGCAGAGACGAAAAAGAGCGAAGCUUACAGGCGGUGAGUACGUCUUUAUUCCAUGCUGGCAGAUGCGGGAUUGGGAGUCUGCUCACCGGCAGUAUUCACUUGGCCCUCACCCCUGCGCAGCUACGUCGCCAACCUGUCCGAUGCGCUCUUCACUUUCCUGCGACGGACAAGACCGACCUCGGAUGUGGACUGGAUUGAGCUAUCUGCUUUGGCAGAUUUCGAGGGGGACUGGGACGCGUGCAAAGUGCCAGGCUGGGAGGAUCAGGGAAGUAGCCUCUGCAAGUCUGGUGCAGCUCAGAAGAAGCAAGCGCCCCAAAGUGGCGCUGUGGAUGAGGGCAUUUGGUGCGAGGCCUGUGAGUGGAUCGUAGCCGCUGACUUGCAAAGGUCAAUGCGCGCCGUUUCACACUUUUGACACCGCUGCGCGCUGACCUUGGCCUGUUCGUGUUUGGCUCUCGACUCCCAGGCAAGCGGACGUUUGCGAAGCAGACCGUUUUUGAUGCGCACUUGAAAGGGGGCAAGCAUCAGAAAGCAGCGGCAAAUUUGGCAGCUGGCAAUGCUCAGACCUCCACACCUUCGGGCGGCGCAUCUGGUCCCAAUGCGAGCGCGUCAGAAGCGGCUGCAUUGGAAGUGGCGAAGCAGUUGGCCAGGUGUAAAGCGUUGGCGCGCACAGAGGUUUUGAUACGUGCUCUUGCCUCCCAUCUUGGAGAGAUUGUCGCGGAGACGAGAGCGAAUGUGGAGCGCAGAGCAGCUUUGACGGAUGCCGAGAGGCAAGCCGAGGCGGAGGCGGCCGUGCUGGGCAUGGAGGACUCGGGCGGAUUGCCUACUGGCAAUGGAGAUGCCGAGCUGGCAGAUCAAGACGCGAACGGAGACGACGAGAGCGAUGACAAGAUAUACAAUCCGCUCAAGCUGCCACUUGGAUGGGAUGGAAAACCCAUUCCAUACUGGCUCUACAAGCUACACGGACUUCGAGUCGAAUAUAGAUGCGAGAUAUGCAGCGACUAUAUGUAUCAGGGACCGUAAGUCUUUUCCUCAUCGGCGUGGCUACUCCCGUCCUCCUGCUCAGUCUGUCUUGCCCCACUUCCCAUCGCAGCAAAAAUUUCGACAGACACUUCUCGGAGUCAAGGCAUGCCUUCGGAAUGCGCGCUCUGGGUUUGCCGAACACAAAACACUUUCACGGCAUCACCAAGAUUGAGGACGCCCUUGCUUGUGAGUAGUCUUAGCUGCCAAUGGGGGCGAAUUCACCCCGCUGCAUGCCGCGCAAACGAGACUGAACGUUUGUUCGUUCUGAUUUAGUGGCGGAGAAACUCAAGAAGCAAGGCAAGCAGCAGACGGAGGCGGAAAACGAUGCUGAAGAAGUCGAAGAUGAGCACGGCAACGUGAGUCACUCGGCUUGCCCUCGGAGCGUCCUGCUCAUGCAUGCGCGAUCACUCACGAGCUGAUCUCGCCUCUCUUCCUUGCAGACGUAUACAAAACGGACGUACGAACUGCUGAAACGACAAGGCAUCAUCUGA